AUGCCGAGAAGCACAAGCCGAAACCAACAUAACGCAAGACGAAGAGACGCGAUAUUUUACGAAACGGUGGGAUUCUUACAAGAAAGGGUCAGGGUCUUACAAAGAAGAAUAAAUACUCUCACCCGUCUCCUUGAGGUUGAAGCAAACAGGAAUAGAGAUCUUCACAUGGAGUUAUUAAGAGUUCAAAGAGAAUUAUCUACUUCCAAUUUGAGAAACCGGGAGCUAACCAGACAAGCGUCGAAUUUGGGAAGAAGAGUGGAGCACUUAGAAAGAAUGGCCAGAAGAUAUAGAGUUAGGAUUCCAGCGUUGUUGGAAAGACAAUUCUCAUUUCUAGGAGAGGAGGCUCUUAAUGAGUAUAGAGGACCAGAACUCGUCCAUAGCGGAAAUAUUUUACAAGAUACAUUAUAUAGUGCGUACAACGUGAAAUCUGACAACAAUAUCACGGGUGUCUUACCUUACGUUGAUUCUGAAGUCUUACAAGGUCAAGAAAUCGCGCAAACGGCAGAUAUCUACAGGUUGAGGCAAACAGAAAUAGAGAUUUUAUGUGGAGUUCGGAGAGAAUUUUCUACUUCCAAUUUGAGAAACCGGGAAAUAUAA